CCUCAGGGCUAGAGAAUAAUAAUAAUAAUAAUAAUAAUAAUAAUAGUUACUCAGUGAUGUGUUAAGUUUUAUAGUUGAUUUUAUUUCAGUUCUGUUGAUGAUUUAAAAGGGGGAGGGAACUGAAUUUUUCAUAAUUUGUUUAUUCAAUUGUUUGUUUGUUUGUUUUGAGUCAAAUUGACCAUGAAGUACAGAGUAACACAAAACCAGAGCUCUACUGGAUGGAGCUGUAUCAGGCUGGUUAUUACUCCGAGGACUUCAGGACUCAGGAGGUUCCUGUGGGAUUUGAUUUCAGCUCCUAUGACUACAAUGGUGAAGACCUGUCCUUUUUGUUAGACAGUAAAGGACCGGGCCAGGUGCAGUACAUGGACGCGUACGCAGAAACACACAAGGAGCACAUGAACGUCUCCAAAGUUCAAUCCACUGACCCUGGAUUAUUCAAUCUGGAAACAUUCCCAGAGUUUAACAGCUGGACGUCAUACACUAACGUUCCAGACACUCUGGUGAUGGACAGACAGACAGGAGGUUUUCAGGAUUCAGCCACUCAGACUUAUCAGAGUCUGUUUCCGCCGUGUCCACCGUCCCAGAGCGUCCCGUUUGGCUCGGCUGUGGAUGCCAGUGGACUUUACCAAACCACCAAACAGCUCAAUCACAGAGCGGCAUCUGAUUUAGAGCAUGCAGGUGAUUCAGAGAGGACCUACGCUUUAUACGAGACGAAAACGCAAAGCAAACCCGUACCGUACUGGACGGAUUAUUCCUCGCCCGCUUACUGCAGCCAGCUGCUCGCUCAUCCUCCGUCAUCCUCGUCUCCGGUUCCUCUCACCUCCGAGACGUUUUCUCCUCGUGUGGUGAAGAGACGCACCGCCACGUCUCAGAGAUUAGACAGAGAUGGCGAGGUGUCUCCGGGGAUGUCCGCUUACCCAGGAUCAGGGCCGAUCCAGCUGUGGCAGUUCCUCCUGGAGCUUCUCUUAGACUCAGCGUGUCACACCUUCAUCAGCUGGACUGGUGACGGCUGGGAAUUCAAAAUGUCCGACCCUGCGGAGGUGGCUAAACGCUGGGGUCAGUGCAAGAACAAACCCAAAAUGAACUACGAGAAGCUGAGCCGUGGCCUGCGCUACUACUACCACAAGAACAUCAUCCACAAAACGGCCGGCAAGCGCUACGUCUACCGAUUUGUCUGUGACGUGCAGAGCAUGCUUGGGAAAAGCGCUCAGGAAGUUCUGGCCAGUCUGAACAUCUCACCAGUGAAAGCAGGAUCGCAGACACUGACAAAGUCAGAGGAGAUGGCAGACGUCUGGCAACAUUAACGGACUUCCAAAAUACGUCCACGUUUUAACACGUCCCCGUCGACUUCUUCAGGAAGUGAAUGACAUCACAUGAGCACUUGCUACACAAGUGGACGAGGUUCUGAUGCCAGCGUGCGAGCUUGCUGACUAGCUAGUGCACUAAUUAGGGCACUACUUUACUGCUCACACUUACACACCCCUUCGUCCACGGUUUCAGAAAGCAAACUGCAGUACGGCCUUCUGGAUCAUUCCACACGAUGGGUGCGUAGGGGAACACAGCUGUAUUAUGGACUCAUUUGGUGGCUUGUACAGAAUCGAGUGUGAGAUUCAGCACAGUGUUCUCUCUUCCACAAGGAGAACGUUAGUGUGUGGACGGUGGGUCAUCUGCAAACACAAUAAAGUGUAGAAAUCAUCACGAUGAACUUUAUAUUCUUUGCUCUUUUCACUCGGACUCUAUCAGGAGAACAGUGGGGAUGUUUGUGUUUCCACUGAACUGCGUCCUGAAGUCAUCAAUGCAAUCCGUCGUCUUUCAAAACACAUCUGCAGUAUCUGUGUGUGUGUGUGUGUGUGUGUUAAUGUGGUCUGCUACCUCUUUGAAGCAUCAAAACACCAACAAAUGAUCUGAGUGAUUAGUUUGUGUCACCAUCAGAUUGUGAAUUAGUGUAAAUAAAUUGUUAUAUAAAAUUGCUUUUUGUUUAUUUAUUCAUGUGUUUAAAUCUCUGCUCAGUCUUGACCUUUGACGUGUUUAAAAAGUUAAAACUUUUUUUGUAAGGCCACAGGUUGAAAGACAUGAAAGGGUUCAUUUGCAAAAAUAAAAGGAAAAAAAACACAAAA